AUGACUUCACUACGCGCUCUUCAACUUGAUGAUCUGUUCAAAUUCAAUGCAUUGGUCUUUGACCCAUUAACGGAGGUGUAUCACCUCGGCUUCUUUUUGCGCCAUCUCGCACUGUGGCCUGAACUGGCAGUGGCUGCCACAGCACCUGAUGGUCAGCUGGUGGGCUUCAUUUUUGGCAAGUGCUUCAAUAAAUUCACAGACAGUUCCCAGUUGCAUGGGCAUGUUUGCUCCUUAACAGUUUCCGCGGAUUAUCGUCGCUUGAGCAUUGCAUCGCUUCUCAUGAAAUACUUUGCGCAUAUUUUGGACCUGAAGUAUGCCUGGUAUGUGGAUCUCUUUUUGCGCUGCAGCAAUCAGUCCGCCCUUAAGCUCUAUUGUGCACUGGGCUACACUCUGCGUCGUGUGCUCCUCGAUUAUUAUCCCGGCAAUCCGGAAGAGGAUGCCUACGAUAUGAUGAUGCCAUUGUCGGUUGAUGUAAAUGGAAUAUCCUUGUCCCAGGCUAGCAGGGAGUCGGUGCGCUUAUCCUCUGAUGAUAGCGAUGAUGACUAUUAG